AGUUUAGCGGAUUAUACCAUUAUAAUCUCUGUAGGUUUUCCCGCUCUCUCGCGCUCUUUCUGUUUGGAUUCCAUGGGAGAAGGUAUGAAGUUUUAUUUUUUUGUGUUCAACCAGUAGGGGGCAGUAGUGCUACUGUAUGCAGAAGAAGAAGCUCCAUCUGGUCAGACUGAAUCUGCUGCUGCAGCUCAACAGCUUCAAUCCAACCAGAAAAGGAAAAUAUCUCUGCUGGCUCAGAGAAAUCUUCCAGCUUCAUAGCAGAACGUCUCAGUUUGUGAGCUGAACUUGUCUAAAGGAACAUCAAAGAAACUGUAAAACGUCUGGAGAAAAACAAACGUCCACGUUAAACAUCUGUGACUGGUCUGGAAAUCUCCCCUGCAAAGAUCGUCAGAAUGCAGCAGAGUAGUCACUCUGAGGAGAAGCCAUACUGCUGUGAGAAGUGUGGGGAAGCUUUCAUCUGUUCCACAGACCUAAAAGCACACAAGCUGUCCCACAGAGGGGUUAAGCCAUUCACCUGUGAGAGAUGUUCAAAGUCUUUUAGAUUCAGAUGGGACCUAAAGACUCAUGAACGGAUCCACCAUGGGAAUGAUUCAUUCAGUUGCCGUGAGUGUGGAAAAAGUUUCCGCACAGAGAAACGACUCAAAGCUCAUGGUGUCGUCCACACUGGAGAAAGACCUUUCACUUGUGACCAGUGUGGAAAAACAUUCAGCUGGAUGGAAAGCUACUACCUCCAUAAGCGCACCCACUCAGGAAAACCAGCGAAACAGUACUGCUGUGAAGAGUGUGGAAAGAUUUUCAGAAGUUUAUCAAACCUGAAUGCUCACAAACUCAGACAUACCAAACAACGGCGAUACUCCUGUGAAGAGUGUGGGAAAAGCUUUGCAAACCGUCCUCACCUCGUAGAACAUCGAAACCUUCACAGUGGAUUAAAACCCUACGAGUGUGACCAGUGUGGAAGAUGUUUUACAUACCAUGCCUCCUUAAGAUUACAUCUCCCCAUCCACAGUGAUCAGAAACCAUAUGUCUGCGCUGAGUGUGGAAAGGGUUUUGCUCAAAAGCCUCUUUUCAGAGAACAUCAGCUCGACCACGCUGGAAUUAAACCUCACAGCUGUGAAGAAUGUGGAAAGUGUUUCACAACAAGACAACGAUUAAAAGUUCAUCAAUCCUCUCAUGUUCGGGAGAAAUGCUUCAGCUGCGACCAGUGUGGGAAAACUUUCACCACCAGAAACAUUCUCAGAAACCAUCAGAGGGUUCACACUGGAGUUAAACCGUUUUUGUGUGGGGAGUGUGGGAAAUCUUUCAGAAUACAAGGAAACUUAAAGAUACAUAGCCUCAUCCACAAUGAAGGAAGGUUCCCCUGUGACACAUGUGGGGGAACCUUCUCUGAGAGGAAUCAGCUAAAAGCACAUCAGGUCAUUCACAGAGGAGGGACACCAUACUGCUGUGAUCUGUGCGGGAGACUCUUCAUCACGAAGGCAUCUUUAGUGGCUCAUCAAUAUGUUCAUGCUGGUGUUGAACCAUUCAAAUGUGAGCAGUGUGGGAAAGCCUUCCGUCAAACUUGGAGCCUCAAAUCCCACCGGAGGAUCCACUCUGAAGAGAGACCCUACAGCUGUGAGCAGUGUGGGAAGAGUUUCAAAUGGGGAAGUAAUCUGAAGGUACACCAGAAGAUCCACAGCAGGGAGCCAGCAGCCAGAAGAGGUCACUGUGAGAAGCAGAGCAGCACAGAUGGAGCCACUUCUCAGCCCAGUGAUGGAGGAGAACCAAACGGUUCUGAGAAAAAAGUCAGCAAAGAAAAACCUUAAAAGUUCCAGAUCUGAGCUCAGUGAAGACAACCUGAAGCUCAGCAGUUCAUGGUGUUCUAGUGUUAAUGCCCCUGACCUUUGCCCUUCAGACAGGGAGCAGUUCAGUGACUCAUCAAGAAGCUCUAAGCUGUUGCUAACAUGGCUUCUCAUAUCCAGAUGUUUUUGGGUUUCCCUGUUUAUGGUGUGUUUAGUUAGCCUCAGUUAGCUCUGUAGCUAACAGCAUAACUGGGUCAGCUGGUUCUAGAAGAAAGACAAAUAGAACCAGCUUCAGAUCAGUCAGAGGUCUUCAAGGAGACAUUACAAUGGUUGUUAAGACACAAGAUGUUCUCGUGGAGGACAUCUCUUGAGUUUUUGUUCAUGCAGCUCUAAGCUCUUAGUUUGAAGGGGCUGAAUCCCAUUUCCUGUUCUAACAAUGAAAGAAAAGAGCGUCAGACUAAACUUGAUUGUUGCUGCCAUUCUAAAAUAGUUUGAUUCACAGUUGGUGAUGGAGGCAUUAACGUCCUGCUAAUCCAGAUUAGAAAAUGGGAUUAACCCUUAAUCUGUGCUCCAGGAUCUGGGCUGAUGUCCCAGUUGGUCUGUUGUUCUUGACUCUUUGUGUUCCUGAGCUGCUUCCAGCUCCACGUUGGGAACAUUUAGAUCCUGUUGGUGGUUCUGAGUUCUGGAUGGUUGGAAAAUGUUCCCUGGUGUUUCAUAUGACGGACCUGCUGCCACUGGCAGGAAAUGGAGAAAACUGUUGAUGUUGUUUCCUGUUCAGCCACCAGGUGGCGCCACCAGGUAGAGCUCUUCACUGAAAAUCUAAGCAGAGUUUGAAAUGUUGCUGCUGAGGGAUGUUGAUCAGUUUAUUUCCAGAACUGGUUUGAAGUUAAAAUGUCUGUUUGUGUUGCCGGGCUCGGCGUUGCUUCACCCAGACUAACAAUAAAGUUCUACAUUGUGGAAAUGAA